AUGUUGCAGGUUCCCGCCAACUUUGAGCGCUUCACAAUUAUCAUCGGUAUUCAGAUUGCCAUCAUCAGUAUCCAGAUUGUUAUCCUAGUAUUUGGAUACGGAUUCCUUGGUGCAGUUGCCUACCUCGAGUACCUUGCUCCACCCGAUCCAGUUUGCGAAUUAAUGAGGAGUUAUCCUGGAGAGUUAACAAUGAUUGUCACAUUGAUAGCAACUGUGCUAUCAGUCACCACUGCUACUCUUUUCACGCUUUCGGUGAAACAGGCACUAAGACAUCGAAUGUGGAAGCCCAUUUCUCUAAUUCACCUUAGCACUGGUGUUGCUUUAGCACAGGGCUCUCAUAUGCUGAAUCUUCGAUAUAUAAGAUUGACCGUCUUGACGCUGUUCAUCAUUGGGAUGCUGAGGCUCUUAACGGCUGGGUGGAUAACUCUCUUGACACCGGCCUACUUCAUGUGGCCAGUACAAUUAAAUGGAUCCGAACUUGACAUAACUGGAAGCGCGUUUGCCACCUUACUCCGCGAAGAAUUCCUAGCAAAUGGUCUCACUGACAUCCAGGACAAUUCUUUUGAAAUUCUCGACAUCGGUGGAAUGCUCAGUGGAGUUACUGCUGCAGGGUUUACCUUUGGUCUUCCCGGGACAUUCAAUUUCAAUGGUGCCAAAUACAACGUAUCCACUCAGGGGGUCGUGCCUACCAUUGAAGCAUUUUCCGGCUCGGAUGGAGUUCCAAAUGCUGAUGGUACUCGUCUUGGGUUUUCCGGUGGAAAUGUCACAGUCAACACAAGAGUUGUAUCCGGAUCGCACCCCAGCGUGCCUAUUCCUCAAGGCUUCGACAGGAACUAUUCCAUGUCGCAACAAGGGUUGACAGCCAAUGUCAGCUGCCGGGCCAUUGACUCAAGUCAAACUCACUACCUUUGGGGCACGAACAACUCUUACCUCAUCUAUGCCAACGCAGCUGCUUCGAACAAUUCCAUCACCGGUCUUCGCUUGUGGAAUAUCAGUGCCAACUGUGGUACCGAUACGCUGACAACGUACGAAUAUGUGACCAUGGUAGAUGCAAAUGGAAAUACGAGCUCAUCAGGAAGUGGCUUUCUUCCAUCUGUUGUGUGCCAAGGACCCACGAAUAUGAACCAAACUUAUACAAAUUUCACCAUUUUUACACAAGGGUUUUACAAGUAUAAUUUCCUCAAAGCAAGCGUAUGCGAAGUGGUUCCCCUACUGACCACUGUCCGCGCCGAUUAUUCCGAUGAACAAAUUUCACCCGGGGUCACCUCAUCCACUCCUUUCCAGCCAGAGAAUGCCGAGCUACUGUCAUUUAUCGCUUCAGUUGCCAGGUUUCAGUCGAUCAACUCGCAGGGGCUUACGAGCAGCACAAUUGGGGAUACCUUGUACUCCAUCUAUUCCUCGACCACUAUCGGAUCCAUCAAUAACAAUCUCAAUGACACACAGGUUUACCUUGAGCUCGAGGAUUACUGGCGUGGUGUUGUUGAAUUUUCCGCCACAUUCCUUCGCUCCGGGUUUAUGGCCACAGGUAGUUUCCCCAAUAAUGACAUCCCGAACAACCUCUCUUCCCAAGUCACUGGGACUAUGUUCAUAUCAACGAUCGGCUGGACUCGCUGGGCUAAGAAGUCGCCGACAUAUCUGCUCGCUACACUCCCGCUCACCAUUGUCACCAUUCUCACUUUAACCUGCGCGUUGUACAGUAUUCUGGAGGCUUUGAAAGAGCAACAUGGAUGGGGUGGUCACCACAGGACCCACCACUUCGACGUGUCAAACACUCUUCAUCUCAUUAUGGCAUGCGCUGCUGAGAGUCUCGCACUUAAAGAUUUUGGCGAGGAGGGAAUUAUCAACAACGAGGAUGUGAAGGUGCAGCUGGAGGAGCAUGGUGAGAGGAAGAAGUUUGUGAUACCUAAUUAA